GCCACUUCUCAGAAGGCGGUGGCCCCUGCGCCAGCCCCGUGUGCGCGCGCCGCCAAGGAGGCUGCUGGACGCGAGUGCCGAGAGCAUGACCGAGCCAGAGCGGAAGGACGUCCUGGAGGCCAUGCGGGCCGCCUGGCAGAGCAGCGGUGGGCCGCAGCCCGUCGAGGCCGCGUUCGACCAGGGGAGCGGCUCCGUGCUCUUCGUGUCGCCCGACAUGGACAUCGGGUAUUCCUGGCUGUGUAGUGCGCUGGACGAGGCGUACGCGGCCGACGAACAGCUCAGGAGGUGGGGGCGCGCCGAGUGCGACGGCGGGCUGCCGAGCAAGCUGGUCCGCCACUGGCGGGAGAUCUUUGCUAUCAUCUGUCUCGUCAUGCUGCUCGUCUUCUGCUUCCGGUGCGUGCGGCACCUGCAGCGGAACCCAGCGGCCCGCGACUACCACGCGGCAGGACUCUACACGUGCCUGAACACGUGCGACCUGCCCGACAAGGUGGACAACUGUACGCAAGGGCGGCACAGGGUGAUUGUCAUCUUGGUGGACGCUCCGCUGGAGGAGAAGACCGAGGACCUCGAGAACACCUCGACAUAUCCAGAGGAGAACGAGCUGUCCAUCGUCUACGACAGCCUCCUGUCGCUGCUCGACAGCGGCCUCGCGGCCAAAGGCAUGUUGCAGAUCUUCAUCGUGUCGAGAGGGGGCGCCGUCAUCCAGGUGCACCCCCACCUGGAGCCUCCGAGGAGCCUGCGGGACUUCUCCAGGCUGGUCAGGAACGUCCUGCACGAGGGCAAGGCGAUGAAGGCCCCUGGGCUGUGUGGGUGCACCCGCUCGUUGAUGCGCGUCGUGCGCAAGCCCGUGCGGCACCACUUGCCCUGGGGCUGCAAGGUCUACGGCGUGACGCAGCAGGCGUGCCGAGACCAGGCGAGCCACAUCCUCGACCUGAAGCAGGUCGCGAGCUCCGUGUACUGGCCCGUCGCCUUCGUCGUCGGCGCCUCGUUCGGCGAUGCCGUGGCGGAGAAUUGGACGAGUGCCGGCGGCCAGGGCCUCCAGG